AGGAGAGUAGCCGGCUGAGAGAGCUCUCCCUCUGGCUCUUCAUGGACCUGGUGAAGUSUGUGGUGAGCAGGGAUGAGAAGCGGAUGAGGAAGGAGAUUAGGAGUGCACUGGUCCCACUCCUAUUCCGUGUGAGUGACCAGGACCCCAGCGUGGCCAAGGCUGCCAGGGAAGCCCUUUUUACUGCUGCAGAGCUUUUCAAAUGGCAGAAGCUCAAGCACCUGCUGCAGAGAGACCGGAUGUGGGAGCUUGGAGAAUGCUUGCUGAUGACAAAGAGCAGCAUGGCUGAAAAUUACAUGCAGCAGAGCCUGCCCUACCUGAGUGACCCCCAGUCCUCCGUGCGCCUGGCWGCCGUCAGGUUCAUCGGGCGUGCCAUGAAGCACAUGAAGGAACAGAAUUUGGAGAGUCAGGCUGAAGUCCUCAGUGCCCUUCAGCCCUUGGAGACAGACGGGGAUAUCUCUAUCAGUUCCAUGGCAGCUCACACUGGCUUGGUCCUGAGAUCUCAAAGGGUGCACCGAAGAUCAUGGAUCAUUCUACACGUGCUGUGCUGCUGGUGCCUGUGAGCUCAGCAGAGGUGYAGCUUUCCAUGGAUUAAUAAAGUUGCAAACA